AUGGAUCACUUCCCAGACUUUAACCCCACAGGAAGAUCACCAAGAAGAGAACUCCAAGGCCCUCGUCCCACACCUCUUAGAAUACACAGAGACUCUCAUAAGAUCAAGAAACCACCGUUGGCGCCGCCACAACAACCCCAACCUCCACCGCGCCAACCCAUCAUAAUCUACACCGUUUCCCCAAAGAUAAUUCACACCACACCGGGUGAUUUCAUGAACCUUGUUCAGCGCCUCACUGGCUCUUCUUCUUCUUCUUCUUCGUCUUCAUCAUCUUCUAAUUCCUCCACCUUUUCCUCCUCAUCCCAUAUGAUUGACCCCUUCAACGGCGACGGUAGCGGCGGAAUGAUAUCACCGGCGGCGCGUUACGCCACCAUAGAGAAAGCUAUGUCUCCUUUGGGUAAGAAACAGAUCUCAAAUACUGAUAUUAACGAUGUGCAAGUGAUGGAGAUGAUGGAACAAGGGUUGGAGAGACCAAGUAUGUUUCAAGGGAUUUUGUCUCCGGCGCCGGCUUCACUGUCUCCCAUUCCGUCGAACUUUUUCUCGCCGCCGUCUUCGGAUCCGAACAUGGUUAGCUUCCUUCAUGAUUUGAGUCCCGUUCUUCACAGUAGCAGAAAUUUUAUGGAGGGUGGUAGUUUCUUCUUGCCUAGCCCUUCAAACUUUGUUUCUCCUCAUACUCCAUCUAUAGACUUAUUCAACUACUUCUUAGAUUAA